AUGAUGAUUAUUAAGGCUACUCAUAUAUAAUAUUUAUAUAAUUUUACGGCAAAUAAUGGGGAGCAACAGCAACAUAGAUAUCAACAGUUUGCAAAAGUAACUGACUGCAUUGACAUAGUGUCCUAUUUUAUUAUUAGGAAAUGAUUACCUCCAGUAAAUACACCUCCAGGCCCCCUGCACAUUGAGCCCAAGUCUGUUGGUCAAUACUUCAUGGACACUUUGUGUCCCUCCCCCCGGGGCAGAGAGCUUUUAGCUCAGCAGUGAAGUCAGUCAGUGUUCAGUGGAAGUUUGGUCAUGUCUGGACUGCAGGGUGUUGGACUGCUGCUGCUGUGGGGCAGCGCCUGCCUUUGGCUGCCCGGCUCAGCCUGGGGGGCUCUGGUUAUCUCCGGGGAGCAUGAAGCUCUGCAGGAGACAAGAGGAGGUGCCAGAUCACUGCAGAAAAGAAGUACAAAUGAAGGCAAGGUGGAGGUGUACAGUGUGAAAGUGGACUGCACUGUGACGUCUCGUUUCGCCCAAACCGUCAUGACCUCCAGAGCUCGGAACAAAGCAAACGUUUCCCAGAAAAUCUUCUUCAAAGUUGAGCUGCCUAAGACCGCCUUCAUCACCAACUUCAGCAUGGAAAUUGAAGGUCAGGUGUAUGUUGGGGAGGUGAAGGAGAAAGAGAAAGCAAAGAAACAGUAUAAGAAGGCUGUUUUCUCUGGACAGACUGCUGGACUGAUCAAGGCUUCAGGAAGAAAGAUGGAGAAGUUUUCAGUGUCCGUCAACAUUGCAGCUGAAAGUAACGUGACUUUCAUUCUGACCUACGAGGAGCUCCUGCAGAGGAAACUGGGCCAGUAUGAGAUUCUGACUCGAGUUAAACCCAAACAGCGAGUCCAGGAGUUUCAGAUUGUGACAAACAUCUUUGAGCCUCAGGGCAUUUCUCAUGUGCACACUCAUGCAACUUUCCUCACCAAUGAGCUGCUCUCCCUGUUGGAGAGAAUUGUCACAGACAACAAGGCACACAUCUCUUUCUCACCAACUAUGGAGCAGCAGAGGAAAUGUCCAGAUUGUGAUGGAACACUCCUCGACGGAGAUUAUGUCAUCAAGUAUGACGUGAACCGAGCAAAGAGUCUCGGGGACAUUCAGGUUGUGAACGGAUACUUUGUGCACUUCUUUGCUCCCCCUGACCUGCCCAGAGUCCCAAAGAAUGUGGUGUUUGUUAGUGGAAGAAAGAUUAUACAGACAAGAGAAGCAUUGCUGGCCAUCCUCAACGACCUCCACGAGGAGGACCACUUUGCCCUCAUCCUGUUUGAUGACAAGAUCAUUUCUUGGAGAGAAUCACUUACCAAAGCAACCAAGGAAAAUGUGAAAGAAGGAAUGGAUUAUGUCAGAAGGAUACGUGAAUCAGGAGCAACCAAUAUCAAUGAUGCAGUGUUGAGAGGUGUGAACAUGCUGGCCAAAGACAGGCAGGAGAAGAAGCUCCCAGAGAGGAGCAUCGAUAUGAUUAUUUUAAUGACAGAUGGAAUGCCAAAUGUUGGAGUGUCCUCCCUCCCGAGGAUUCAGGAGAAUGUGCGUUCUGCAAUCGGAGGAAACAUGUCUCUGUUCUGUCUUGGAUUCGGAGAUGAUGUGGAUUAUUCCUUCUUGGAUGUGUUGAGCAAACAAAACAAAGGAGUGGCCCGCAGAAUCUUUGAGGGUUCAGAUGCAGUCGUUCAACUCCAGGGUUUCUAUGAGGAGGUGGCCAACCCUCUGCUAUCAGAGGUGGACCUGCGUUAUCCUGACAACACAGUGGACUCCCUGACUACCAACCACUACAGCCAGUUGUUUAACGGCUCAGAGAUCGUCGUGGCUGGAGAAUGGGUGGACAAUGACCUGGACAACUUCAUAUUGCAAGUGUUUGGCCAGGGGUUUGAGGGGGAUUUCCAGGUGCAGGGCCAGGCCGUUAUUGUGGACUGGGAUGUGAUUUACCCAGAUGACAAGUACAUCUUUGGGGAUUUCACAGAGCGUCUGUGGGCUUACCUCACCAUCCAGCAGCUCCUGGAGAAGAGCAAGAGCGACGCACCAGACGAGAAAGCCAACACCACAGCCAAGGCCCUGGACAUGUCUCUGCGUUACAGCUUUGUCACCCCUCUCACCUCCAUGGUGGUCACCAAGCCUGAAACUGAGGACGGACCAGACAGCCCUCUCAUCAUUGAUAAGCUUGUCAACCCUCUCAACUCCAUGGUGGUCACCAAGCCUGAAACUGAGGACGGACCAGAAAGGCCUUUCAUCACUGAUAACAUGGCAGGAAGAUGGAUUAAGGAAAAACAAUUGUCAGAAAAAAUGUCAACUGACUAUCAACACAUUUCCAAAGCUGACUCCCUGCUACCACAUGUGAUACCCACACAUUUUGUGGACGGAGAUCCUCAUUUUAUGAUCGAGCUCCCUGACAGAGACGACGCUCUGUGUUUCAACAUCAACGACAAACCAGGAACCAUUCUCAACCUGGUCAGAGACCCAAAACAAGGUAUUUUGGUCAAUGGCCAGACCAUCGGAGACAAGAAGAUUCCCCCUGAUGGUAAAAUGAACACCUACUUUUGGCGUUUUGGCAUCGUCCACCAGACUUUGGGGGUGAGGCUGGAGGUGAGCACUCGGGACAUCUCGGUGUUCCAGGAUGGCAAACGGGUCAAACUACUGUGGUCUGAUACAGCUUCUGUCAAAGGACCCAAUGUGGAUCUUCUCUUGACCAAGGAUCGCAGUGUUACAGUCACUCUAAAGGAUUCAGUCAAGUUUGUCAUCCUGCUACACAAAGUGUGGGCGAAGCACCCGUACCACCAGGACUACUUGGGUUUCUACACCCUGGACAGCCACCUCCUGUCCCCUUCUGUUCAUGGCCUGCUAGGUCAGUUCUACCAUGGGAUUGCAUAUGAGCUGUCAGACCUGCGUCCAGGUGAAGUCCCAGAGAAACCAGAUGCCACCAUGUAUGUGAAAGGACAGGAGCUCAAUGUGACCAGAGGCUGGCAGAGAGACUUCAGGAGGGAUGUGAAGAACGGGGAAAAUGUUCCCUGCUGGUUCAUUCACAGUAAUGGAACAGGACUUAUCGAUGGAGAUGUGACAGACUACAUUGUGUCAGGCCUUUUUAAAACUGUUUAAAAUUCUUUGUACAUCAGUGUCUACCCCAGAAACAAUCUAAAUCUAAUUCACUUGAUACAUAUCUGACUGUACUUAAAACAUGAAUGAUCUGACAUCUUGUACUAAAAGGCAAACAAACUUCAAUCACAGCAUUUUAUGUACAAUUUAUCAGUACAGUUAGAAGGGGAAGCAACACUAUCCUAAUACAGUAAGAGGAACUGGGAGAUAAAUAUAUGAAUGGGACUGUUGCAAAAAAGACUAUGAUUUCUACUAUGAUUAAAAUAAAAAUAUAAUUCAUUUCAGUG